UUUAAUUUCUAGAAAACGUGACGCCAUCCGAUCCGACGCACUUACUAUUUUUUUGAAAAAAAUAUCUAAAAUCGAACAAUAUGCCACGUAGAGGGGGAGGAGGAAUGAAAGCUCCAGCACGACCUGCGCCAGUAAGGUCUGUCCCUGCACCCAGGCCAGCUGCCCCGCCAGCACCUCAGCAGCCCAAGCAGCCUGGUCUGUUUGCUCAAAUGGCAACAACUGCUGCGGGAGUGGCUGUGGGAUCAGCAGUGGGUCACACCAUAGGUGCUGCUAUGACUGGAGGGAUGGGGGGCGGGGCUGCCGAGCAGCAACAACCUGCAGCACCACAGCAGUAUGGCCAACCAGAACAGCAACAGAAUGCAUGUGGAUAUGAACUCCAGCGCUUCUUGGAUUGCUCCAACCAGUACAGUGAUGUCUCCCUGUGCAGUGGGUUCCUUGAGGCACUCAAAUCAUGCAGGACACAGUAUGGUUUACAGCAGUAACAUACCAUGCUUCUGAUUACAAGGCCUCUCAAGACACUGAACUUUUCAGCUUUUUCAUGCACAGGAACUUAAAAUCUGGAAUGAACUUUUACAUAGAGAGUGAUGUGAUACAAAUGUUGGGUUGUUUAUUGCACUGAUUGAAUUCUGGAUUUAGCACAUAUGAAAACAAUUGGUAAUUUGUGCAUGUAUUUUAGACUGCCAGUUUUAUGACAUUGUUUUGUACAUCUUUCACUCACUUAACGUGUAAAGUUAUGAACAGAUCUCAGGAAAAAACCUUAUAUGAAGUGGCAUUUACUUUGAGAAACAAUCUAAUGUAUAUAAUUUAAAUGGUGUUGUGUUUUCAUCAGUCAUUAAAUCAAUAAUUGAAUUUCUACAAUUUGUGUCAUAAUUUCUUGGCAACAAAGCAAAAUUUACACCUUUCACAAACUGGACUUUGAGAUACUUAAAACCCACCUUACAGAUUCUAAUUUAGAAACUAGGCUCUUUGUUUAAUUUCAAGCAAGCAUUGCUGGCUUAAACUGAUAACUUUUUACCAUCAGUAUAUCAAUGAAUGUUUCAAUUGCUACAAAAAUGUAUUAUGAAUAAAAGCCACUCAAAAAU